GGAAAGUUGACCUCGUCACUGGAAAUUGUAGAGGACGAUACGAGUGAGGAGCGGGGGAAAGGGAUUAACCCCACGGGCAGGUGAAGCGGCGUUAGCGGAAUCGUUGACCAGCAGAGCGGGAGGAACACAGUCCUUAAAUCAUGGUGGAAUACUACCAGAUUCUGGGAGUCCAGAAGAAUGCAAGUCCUGAUGACAUUAAGAAAGCGUACAGAAAACAGGCAUUAAAAUGGCAUCCAGACAAAAAUCCAGACAAUAAGGAAGAAGCAGAGAGGAGAUUUAAGGAAAUCUCAGAGGCAUACGAAGUCUUGUCAGAUGAAAAUAAGCGCAGUCUGUAUGAUCGAUAUGGUAAAGAAGGCCUAAACGGAGGAGGAGGAGGAGGAGGAGGUCACUAUGAUGAUUUCGGUGGAUUUGGUGGAUUCACAUUCCGUAAUCCUGAUGACGUCUUCAGGGAAUUUUUCGGGGGUCGGGAUCCAUUUGCAGAUUUUUUUGACGAUCCUUUUGAUGACUUUUUCGGCGGAGGGCGUAGAGGUCACAGAGGAGGGAGCAGGAGUCGGACUGGAGGGUCUUUCUUUCACGGGUUCGGGGGCUUCCCACCCUUUGGGGCAGGCUUCUCUGGGUUUGAUUCAGGUUUCAGCUCUUUCGGAUCUCUAGGCGGAGGCAGCUUUACCUCCUUCUCCUCCUCGGCGUUUGGAGGAGGUGGAGGAGGAAUGGGAAACUUCCGGUCCGUAUCCACCUCCACCAAAUUCAUCAACGGCAGAAAGAUAACCACCAAACGAAUUGUGGAGAACGGGCAGGAGAGAGUGGAGGUGGAGGAGGACGGUCAGCUCAAGUCUCUGACGGUCAACGGUAAGGAGCAGCUACUCAGACUGGACAACAAGUGAUUCCCUCGUUUUUUUUUUUUGUUUUGUUUUGUUUUGUUUUUUUUCUUUUUCCA